AAUAGAUACAAAGGAUUUCACAUUCCUAUGGACUGGAUGCUUGAAACCGGAAUCGUAAGCCGGCAGAUUAAGCUGACGUCGGUAAAAUUAGCGAUGAAGUACAUGAGACGGGUAUCAUCUGAGCUUGAAGCAGUUGGAAGUGAGCCUGAAGAAGAGGAGCUGAUUGUUCAAGGCGUCAGAUUUGCAUUACGUGUGCAUCAGUUUGCCGGCGGAUUUGGCGUGGAAACGAUGAGGGCGUUCCAGGAACUGAGAGACAAAGACAGAUCAUGCAACGUUCAAUUCCAAAACCAACAAAAAUCUCUGUAAACAAACUCUGCUUCACAGCUCAGAAAGUAUGAAUGUACC